GGAGCGCACACGAGGAGGACGCGCGGCGCCCUGUCGCCUCUCCUGGAGGGCGGCAGCAGCAGCAGCAGCAGCAGCAGCAGCGAUGUCGGAGCCGCCUAUAUAAGAGCUUCCAAGAUGCCACUGAUCGGUCAUUCAUGCACUUGCUGCCAGUGCUUUUCGAGACACCGCCUCCCUCUGCCGGCAACGUGCGCUCCGCUACCACGCCGCUCUCACAUGUAGACCCACGCCUCCAAAAAAAAAAAAAAGAAAGAAAAGAAAAAGAAACAAACAAACAAAAAAACAAACAAACAAAAAAACAAAAACAAAGAAACAAACAAAAAACACAAAAAACAAGAAGCUCUACUCAACAUUUCUGGAGGAUUUCUGUCCAGCCAUGCCAUCCGUCAGCCUGUGAGGACUUCAACGCGAGAAGUUUGUCAAAGAAGAGUCCCAAAGCGCGCAGGAGGAUGCUCCAGAGCGCAGGCAGCGCGGCUGUACGGGAGUUACUCCACAUGGAGUUGUGAGUGUGAGAGAAAAAAAGAAAAGGAAAAGUAAGAGCAGGAUUUUCUCUAAGCUCACCGAGAAAGUAGCCUUCACCCAUGGACAAUGGAUACGUUAAGCCUGCCGGUGAACGCUGUGUCCUACACUGUGGCAGCUGAACUCUCCCCCACCGACGAUCCCUUCACUGCACCCAUCCGAAACAUCGCGCAGUGGCACUUCACGAUCCUGGCUGUGCUCAUGUUCGUAGUCACCUCGCUGUCUCUGAGCGAAAAUUUCCUCGUCAUGUUCGUCACUUUCAAGUUCAAACAACUCAGACAGCCCCUGAACUACAUCAUAGUUAAUCUGGCCAUCGCUGACUUUCUGGUCUCCCUCACCGGUGGAGUAAUAAGUUUCCUGACAAACGCCAGAGGUUAUUUCUUCCUUGGGAAAUGGGCUUGCGUCUUGGAGGGGUUCGCUGUCACUUUUUUCGGGAUCGUGGCCCUGUGGUCCCUUGCCGUUCUGUCCUUCGAACGGUUCUUUGUGAUCUGCCGGCCUCUGGGGAACAUCCGACUGCAAGCGAAGCAUGCCAUCCUGGGUCUGCUGUUCGUCUGGACCUUCUCCUUCAUCUGGACCUUCCCACCAGUGCUAGGCUGGAACAGAUACACUGUAAGCAAGAUUGGGACCACCUGUGAGCCUGACUGGUAUUCAACCAACAUGAUAGAUCACAGCUACAUCAUCACUUUCUUCACCACCUGUUUCAUUCUGCCACUUGGACUUAUAUUUUUCUGCUAUGGAAAGCUACUGCGGAAGCUCAGGAAGGUAUCCCAUGGUCGUCUUGCCACUGCCAAGAAGCCAGAGCGGCAGGUGACCCGCAUGGUGGUGGUGAUGAUUGUUGCGUUCAUGGUCGGCUGGACGCCGUACGCAGCCUUCUCCAUACUGGUCACAGCUCAUCCCACCAUCCAUCUCGACCCCAGGCUGGCUGCCAUCCCCGCCUUCUUUUCCAAGACAGCUGCUGUCUACAACCCAAUCAUCUACGUCUUCAUGAACAAACAGUUCCGGAAGUGCCUAAUCCAGCUUUUCACCGGCGUGGGGUCCAUCCCAGACAGCAACAUGAACCAGACAUCAGAGCGACAUGCAGGAAUCACCGUGGAGAGUCAGACAGGGGAAAUGUCAGCCAUUGCAGCCCGCAUCCCUGUUGGUGGCAACGGGUCGCCCAGGUCUGACGACUCUCCGACCGACUGUGGCUCGUUUGCCCAGCUGCCAAUCCCAGAGAACAAAUGUGUUUCAGAGCCUGUCUGGACAACGGCAGAACUUUAAAUCUUUCGUUCAGUCCUUGCGGAGAUGGAAGAUGCAGUGAGAAGAACAGACGGUCAACUAUUGAAGACUUUUAAGAGUUGAGAACUCGGGCACUUUUUCAUGUUUAGCUUGAAAAAGUCAUUAAGAGACUCAAAACAUCAAAAACUAGUGAAUUUCUUGGGCUCGGGCAUGUUGCAGUACUUUGUUCAAUAUUUGAUUAAAAACAAACAGCAGAGGGGACAUGAAGGACGUGUGCCAACAGAAAUGCUCUGAGUCUUACCUGCCAGAUAUCUGUAAAUAUUUGCUUGCUGGACAUUCUGUCUUUUAAUUGGAGAUUAUCUUGGAUGUUCUCUCGACUAUCAUUGCACACCUGCGAGCACAUUAGAGGGCACUUGAUUCAACUUGAUAGUGUCUGCCUUCAUAUCCCAGUGAAAAGAGAGACUGCUAAAAGCGCAAGCCUUGACAUCAGUUAGUCGAGGGGCUAGCCAGAGUUUCUCAAAUACUACAAUGCAUCCACCCUUUCAUCUUGUCCUCGCCUUCCCCUUUGAAGCCCUGUAGAGAAAGCAUUGUUUUUCUAUGCUGUUUCAGUACUUUGCUUUGGCAGCGCAUCUUCAUUCAUCUCCGCUCGUCAAGAGGACGGAGCAGUCGUCUGAAUUUGGAUACUUUGACUUUAGUUUGUUCCGCAUAGACUGGUUUGGGUCAAAGCUUUCAUCUCUAGUGAGGAUGGUCAAUGGGACUUGGAGAUGCCAGUCUCCUGUUGCAGAGGACAACGUAUUCAUGAAGUGCCAGCAGGGGGUCGACAGAAACAACACUGCACACAACUACAAGCGGCACAUGCAUACACCAUUUCUGCUCAUAUCUGCAUACAUACAUACAUACAGGUUGCAGUUCACUGCCUUUAUUACGAUAAGCUCUUGAUAGGCACUGUGAUGACUGUACAAUGCACCAAUAAAAAUCCUAGCACAAGAAUGGCUUAGCUGGGCAGCCAUGUACAAAAGCAAUGAGCAUUUCCAUUAUAAACACAGAUCAACAGCAAUAUUAAAGCUAAAUGCUGUCACACAGUUGAACACUUCAGCGUUUUAGCUACAGUAGAUGUACCAGUGAGUGUUAAAAUGUCUUCAGCUUGACUUUGUGGUGCAUGUUUGUUCACUAUUGAUGGUUAUUUGUCAAAACACUGUUGUAUUCUCUUUGCUGCACAGUGAUUCACUAUGUUAAAAAGUAACAGUAUGGUGUCUGUUUGCAAUGUA